AUAUUAGAUAUGUUUUUUGUGUUGAAACAGCUGUCUUCUAUUUAUAAUAAAAAUUUAUCUGGACCUCUUGCUGCAUUAAUCCCAACAAUAAAUGCUAGUCCAUUAGUAUGUCAAGUACGAGGUGCUGCCAAGAAAACUGCAGGAUCGUGUCGUCAGCAGAAUCAUAACAGAAAACGUAAAGGCAAGCGUUACGGCCCAAAGUUUUUAUUUGAUCAGCUAGUUCAGCCUGGUCAAAUAUUAUUUCGUCAAAAAGGAUUUCGAAUGCAUCCGGGUAGAAAUGUUGACUAUGGCAAAGAUCAUACAUUAUAUGCUUUAAGAGAAGGUCAUGUUAAAGUAACAAAAGAACUUGUGCAUAGGCCUCCGUGGUGCUCGCAUGGCGAAGGGCCAUAUUUUGAAAGAACAUUUGUUCAUGUUGCAGAACGUCCAAAAGUUCGAAAACUUGUUUGCUUGAACCCCGAAAGUUUAAAGCAUUUACUUAUUUAAUUUGAAAGUCUUUAGAAUAAAAUGAAUAAUACAAAAAAAA